AUGACAACAACACCAAGAAUCUUACACCUUUUCCUACUGAUCCUUUGCGUCCUCUCCGGCCAAACAACGUCGUCGUCGUCUUCAGCUUCCAGCGACAUCGAUGCAUUCCUCGGCUGCCUCUCCGCGGACAUCCCGCCUCGCCUCGUCCACACCCCAGCAACCAACUCCUACAACGCGCUCCUUCUCUCCUCCGUCCGGAACCUCCGCUACGUGUUGCCGGGCACUGCGAGGCCCGUCGUGAUCGUUGCGGCCACCGAGCCCGCCCAUGUGCAGACCACUGUUCUGUGUGGCCGCCGCCAUAGCGUCCGCAUCCGCACGCGGAGCGGCGGCCACGACUACGAGGGCCUCUCCUACGCCUCCCUCGACCCGGGCCAGCGGUUCGCUGUGCUCGACCUCGCCGAGCUCCGCGCGAUCCACAUCGACGCCGCACGAGCUGAGGCCUGGGUCGGGUCAGGCGCCUCCCUCGGCGAGCUCUACUACGCCCUCGGCGCUGCCAACCGCACGCUGGCCUUCCCCGCGGGCUCCUGUCCCACCGUUUGCUUCGGCGGCCACCUGAGCGGCGGCGGGUUCGGCUCGCUGGCGCGCAAGUACGGCCUCUCCGCGGACAACGUCCUCGACGCCGUGGUCGUGGACGCCCAGGGGAGACUACUGAACAGAAGCACCAUGGGGGAAGACCUCUUCUGGGCCAUCCGGGGCGGCGGCGGGAGCUUCGGCGUCGUCCUGUCCUGGAAGGUGCGGCUCGUGCGCGUGCCGGAGACCGUAACCGUGUUCGGCAUCCGGCGGUUCAGAAACCAGUCCGCCGUCGACCUCAUCACCAGAUGGCAAGACAUCGCGCCGGCGCUGCCCAGGGACCUGUACCUCCGCGUCCUCGUGCAGAACCCGCAGGCGGACUUCGUGGCCCUGUUCCUCGGCCGGUGCGGUCGCCUCGCCCGCAUCAUGCAGCGUCGCUUCCCAGAUCUUGGGAUGACGCGAGCGGACUGCCAGGAGAUAAGCUGGGUCCAAUCCACCAUCUUCAUCGAGUUCUUCACGACCGCCAAGCCACUCGAGGUGCUGCUGGACAGGAGCAACAAGCCAGACUACUACCUCAAGGUGAAGUCCGACCACGUGCAGGAAGCCAUCCCAAGGCACGCGUGGGAGAGCAUAUGGGCCAAGUGGCUUGACGAGCCCGGGACGCCGCCGAUCAUGCUGGAUCCCUACGGCGGCCGGAUGGGCAGCAUCUCACCGUCGGCGACGCCGUUCCCGCACCGGAACUACCUCUACCAGCUCCAGGUCUACUCGUUCUGGUUCGAGAAUGGGACAGAAGCACUGGAGAAGCGGAUCAGCUGGGUCAGGGGAGUGCACGAGGAGCUGGAGCCGUACGUGUCCAGGAACCCAAGAGCUGUGUAUGUGAACUACAGGGACUUGGACCUGGGGACGAAUGGAUUGGAGGGUAACGUGACCAGUUACGAGAAGGCCAGAGUUUGGGGGGAGAAGUAUUUCAAAGGUAAUUUCAAGAGGUUGGCUGCCGUGAAGAGAAAGGUGGAUCCACAUGAUUUCUUCAGGAAUGAGCAGAGCAUCCCUCCCCUUCCAGCAGCAGCUAAAGAGUAG